CCUCUUUACGUGUCACUAUAGCAUCUGUAACAGCAUUGUCAGCGCCAUUGAGGCUACAACCCCAUCGGAAUCCCCACACAGUUAACUACUUUAAAAUGGCGGAAACCCUUAAUGGCGCUGCCCAUGCUAAAGUAGCCUUUUGGCCACUAGAGGCCUUUAUCAUUUUCUAUGGUGAAAACACCAAAUUGUUUUGAUACAGCGCCUAGCUAGCUGGUGAAUUCAGAAAACAAGUAUGCCCGGGGCUGACAAGGAAGCAGAUUUGACAGAGCGAAUUGAGGCUUUUCUGGCUGAUUUGAAGCGGGGAGGUUGUGGGACAGGACCGAUCCGAGGGUCGGGAGAAACCGCUAGAGAAACCACAGCUCUUCUCCGGAAAAUAACAUCCCAGGCACGAUGGAGCAACGCAGGCGACCUAAUGGAAAUCAUUCGCAAGGAGGGGAGGAGAAUGACGGCCGCACAGCCGUCCGAGACCACCGUGGGCAACAUGGUACUGCGCGUACUCAAGAUCAUCAGGGAGGAGUAUGCCAGGUCUCGUGGUAGCAGUGAGGAGGCAGACCAGCAGGAGUCCCUUCACAAGUUGCUGACCUCAGGGGGGCUGAGCGAGGAGAACUUCAGACAACACUUUGCUCCUCUCAAAGCUAACGUCAUAGAGGCUAUCAAUGAACUCCUCACAGAGCUAGAGGGCACCACAGACAACAUCGCCAUGCAGGCCCUGGAGCACAUCCACUCCAACGAGGUCAUCAUGACUGUCGGCCGCUCACGCACCGUCGAGGCCUUCCUCAAAGACGCAGCGAGGAAACGCAAGUUCCACGUCAUCGUGGCCGAGUGUGCUCCCUUCUGCCAGGGUCAUGAAAUGGCUACUAAUCUCUCCAAAACCGGCAUCGAGACCACUGUAAUAGCCGACGCCGCCAUAUUUGCAGUGAUGUCCCGGGUCAAUAAGGUCAUCAUCGGAACACAGACCGUUCUGGCCAAUGGCGGGCUCCGGGCGGUCAAUGGAACCCACACCGUAGCUCUGGCAGCCAAGCAUCACUCUACCCCGCUCAUCGUCUGUGCUCCCAUGUUCAAGCUCUCCCCUCAGUUUCCCAAUGAAGAAGACACGUUCCAUAAGUUUGUCUCCCCACAUGAGGUGCUUCCGUUCACAGAAGGAGAGAUUCUGUCCAAGGUGAACGUGCACUGCCCAGUGUUCGACUACGUUCCUCCUGAACUCAUCACUCUGUUUAUCUCUAACAUCGGAGGCAACGCUCCCUCUUACAUCUACCGGCUGAUAAGUGAACUCUAUCAUCCUGAGGACCACGCCCUGUAAUGAAAUGCUAAUAAAACAGGUUUAUGGCA